UAACAUAAAUAUAGCAAACCCCCACUUCCACUUCGCCACUCUCUCUCUCUCUACUUUCUCUCACAUCAUGGACUCUCUAUCUCUUCUCUGCACCGGUUCUCUCCUCGUCGCCGGCGGCAUCUACUGGUUCGUCUGCGUCAUGGGCUCCGCCGAACGGAAGGGCAAACACGCCGUCCAACUCUCCGGCGGCUCCAUCGAUCGCGAGAAAGUGCAAGACAAUUACAAACAGUACUGGUCCUUCUUUCGCCGCCCCAAGGAGAUCGAAACCGCCGAAAAAGUCCCCGCCUUCGUCGACACCUUCUACAAUCUUGUCACCGACAUCUACGAGUGGGGUUGGGGUCAAUCCUUCCACUUCUCCCCUUCCGUCCCGGGGAAAUCUCACCGCGACGCCACUCGCCUCCACGAAGAAAUGGCCGUAGAUCUGCUCGGAGUCAAGCCCGGCGCUCGUGUUCUCGACGCCGGCUGCGGUGUCGGAGGCCCUAUGCGCGCCAUCGCCGCCCACUCCGGCGCGAACGUCGUCGGAAUCACCAUCAACGAGUACCAGGUCAAACGUGCCCGUAUGCACAACAAGAAAGCCGGAUUGGAUUCCCUGUGCGAAGUCGUUUGCGGCAAUUUCCUCCAGAUGCCCUUUGCCGACGACAGCUUCGACGGCGUGUACUCGAUUGAAGCCACGUGUCACGCGCCGAAGCUUGAAGAAGUCUACGCCGAGAUUUACAGAGUGUUGAAGCCUGGGUCUUUGUACGUAUCGUACGAGUGGGUAACAACCGAAUUAUUUCGAUCCGAUGAUCCCGAACAUGUGGAUAUUAUACAGGGGAUUGAGAGAGGCGAUGCGUUGCCCGGAUUGAGGAAUUACACUGAUAUUGCUGAGAUUGCGAGGAAGGUAGGGUUUGAGGUGGUGAAGGAGAAAGAUUUGGCGAAGCCUCCGGCUUCGCCGUGGUGGUCGAGGCUGAAGAUGGGGAGAAUUGCCUACUGGAGGAACCAUAUUCUGGUAAUCGUGCUGUCGUUUUUGGGGAUUGCGCCGAAGGGUACUGUGGAUGUUCAUGAGAUGCUGUUCAAGACUGCUGAUUUUCUGACCAGAGGUGGAGAGACUGGAAUUUUCACUCCGAUGCAUAUGAUCCUCUGCAGAAAACCCGAGAAGACGGCUUCUACUUCGGAUUAGAAGCAGGCAUUGUAAUGGGUAGAGAUGAUCAUGGAGGUUCUUCUAAUGGUGUCUUUGUUUUUCAUCCUUUUGGCUUUCUGUUUAAUUCAAUGUCAUUAUCUGUCUUUUGAGUUCAAUUUGCUCUUUCUUGAUAAUUUUGAACUGUUUACUGUUUUUUUGGGUUAAUUGUUGAUGUUGGGUUGGGGACUUGGAAUAGUGAAGUAGAUGGGAUAAUCUUUAGUUGUAGCUGGAGGAAAUAUAGCUGGAACAUUUGACAAUGUCCUUUUUAACUUAUCCAAGAACUUCCUUUAAUUUUGCUUGUCUUCAAUGUUACUUUGAAAUUUCAUUUUUAUUUA